CGGCCAUCUAUUGGUUAAUUUGACUAAUUGGCGAUCAGGCAACGCCUACAUCCUAUUUAGCGAGGCUGUUGAAGUCUCCUUUUGAAGUAAUGCCACGGAAAGCAGGAUGGACACAGGUGUACAUCAACAUCUCUCUGUUCGCAGUGGUGCCAUUUGUCGGCAGUUCCUAAAUGGCUCCUGUACAUUUGGUUCAAGGUGUCACUAUCUACAUCAGUGGCCUGCUUUUCCCUCAGACCAAAUAUGCAGGUACUUCCAAAAAGGUGGAUGCUGGUAUGGGGAACGCUGCAGAUAUCUGCAUGUCCUUCAGCCCAAUGUUGAGGCAGUCAGGGCUGAAAGAAGGGGUUCGGUGCCAGCAGUCCCUAGCAAUCACUGGGUCAGCUAUUCCCUGCCUGACCGCAGAGGAUCUGAGCCCUCUCUACACCCAGGAUCCCAGGAGUUUACAAGCAGGGGUUCGGAUGCUACGCCCACUCAUGUUGCUAACCUACAGCAGAGCUUUGGACACCUGACCACAAAUAUUGUGGAAGAAGUCAGGGCUUCUUCACCUCUGCAGCAGGAGGUAGAAUCAGAUGUCACUCAUGAAUCGGCUCAACCGACGCCCCAGACUUCAGCUCAAACGAUUCCUUCCGGGUCCCUGUCAGCUUCAGCAGUCAACACGACACUGGAAAGCAAACAACAGAGCGAAACUUCAUCUCAGGAGGUGGCGGAGCAUGCGGGAGCGGCCGUCCCCGCAGGACAGAGUCAAACGGACGCGUUCAACCAGAGCAAAGACGUGACCUGUGGUAUCUGCAUGGACAAGGUGUAUGAGAAGACCGAAGUGGAAGAGAGGCGGUUUGGCAUACUGCCCAACUGCUGUCACUCAUUCUGCUUGGGAUGCAUCGUUACUUGGAGGAAGACCAAGAACUUCCAGGAGGAAGUGAUUAAGGGGUGCCCUCAGUGCAGAGUGAAGUCAGCUUUUUAUGUUCCUUGUAAGUACUGGGUGGAAGGGCAGCCAAAGGAAACUGUUAUUGCAUCUUUCAAAGAGAAAUGCAGUAAAAGAAGAUGCAGUUUUUUCAUGCGUCAAGGAUCUUGUCCAUUCAAGCGAGAGUGUCUCUAUCGCCAUGAGCUGCCUCAUGGGUAUUGUCCACCUGCUCCACCUCGCCGCCGCCGUUUGCAUCAUGCAGUGAGUCUGGAUGAUUUGGACAGCCUGCAGUUGCUCGAUUACGUAAUUGCAAUGACUCUUCUUGAUGACUUGCUAGAUGUCGACGACGAUGACUACAACGAUCUUCCUAACUAUGACGACUGGGUACAACCUUUUUUAGCAUAACCAUCCUCCCAACUAGAUAUAUAUUCUAAGGGUUGACUAUGGACUUAACAAACGUUAAGUGCUAUCGCCUUUAACUGCCUCUUAUGGACUCUUAUGCGUUUGCUGAUGAGUGCUUGUCUAGCUCUGCCAGAUCUGUAAGUUGUGUAGACGUUUGCAAACUCAGACACCUGACUUGCUGUUUAAUAGUUUGCAAGGGUUUGUUGGAGAUAUAUUUCUCUACUGUUUGACAAAGGCCUUCCAUUAAGCUGGAGGAUGCUUUGUAAUGAACUGCAUAGCUUUUCCCUGUUGCAGUGCUUAGUCUUGUUAACCUUGUCAGUGCCAAUGAUUGGUCCCCGUUUGCACCUUUUCGAGAUUUUAGAGUAUGUUGUAUGUAUGUGGAUGUAGCCGGUAUCUUAACAUUUUGAAAUGCUUAUCAUAUUUGAAAUGCUUGACCUUACUGUCGAUGGGCAUGACUCUAGAUCCAGUUUUGGUAUGCUGAAUGAAGACUUGCACCAGAUUUUACCUUGUUUUUUUUAGACUUGUUUGUAUUUACCUGCAGGGGGAAAAAAGAGAAUAAAACAGUAUUGCAGUAUGUUAUAAUACAUCGUUCUUGAAGUUUCUACCAUACAGACAGUUAAUAAAUUGUUAUAAAAUGUAA